AUGCAUUUCCUGCCUGACGUGGCGAUGUUCGACGAGAUUCGACGAAUGAAUGUUCGUCAGGUACUUAUUCGUUCGCAUUCCUCUUAUCGCUGAUAUUGAUUGCAGCUGGUCUACCAAUGUCUCAACUUCGCGAUGGUCGUGUCUUCGGCGCUGAUGAUCUGGAAAGGCAUGAUGGUGAUAACUGGCUCCGAUUCGCCGGUCGUCGUCGUUCUUUCCGGCUCAAUGGAGCCCGCCUUCUACCGUGGAGAUCUCCUUCUUCUGACCAACGACCUCGCGGAUCCAGUCCGUGUCGGAGACAUUACCGUCUUCAAAGUGGAGGGGAGAGAGAUUCCGAUUGUACACAGAGUUAUCAAGGUUUGAAUUGGUGUCACUGAAUUUUCUGAAUUUCUAAACUUAAAGGUCCACGAGAAGUCAGCCGAUGACACAAAGAUUCUGACGAAGGGAGAUAACAACCAGGUGGACGAUCGUGGCCUCUACGCCCCCGGACAAUUGUGGCUCAGUCGGUCGGACGUCGUCGGGAGAACGAAGGGAUUGCUGCCGUACGUUGGCAUGGUUACCAUCAUCAUGAACGAUUACCCGAAGCUCAAAUACGCUGUGCUCGCCUUCCUCGGUCUCUUCGUUCUGCUUCACAAGGAGAACUAG